AGACCAUUUCCAAGGUUUUUAAGGGUUUAAAUAGACCAUUCGCACGCCGCAACCGUCUAUUCAUUCGUUUCUUCUGCUCCACCAAAUCUCAUUUGCACCAUUUUGCCUAUUUGCCCUAAAACUUCAAUCCAUGGCUCGCCGUAGCUCCGGUGGAAGAUCUGCUCGCCCAGCUCCACGAGCUGCACCAGCUCGCCCUGCUCCAGUCAACCAUGCUCCUUCUCCAGCUCCUGUUCAGAGUGGUGGUGGUAUGCUUAGUGGCAUUGGUUCAACCAUAGCUCAAGGUAUGGCUUUUGGCACUGGAAGUGCAGUGGCACACAGGGCUGUGGAUGCGGUUAUGGGUCCUCGCACCAUUCAACAUGAAACUGUAGUUUCUGAGGCUGCUGCCGCUGCCCCUGCACCAACUUCUAACUCAUUUGGUGGUGAUGCAUGCAAUGUUCAUUCAAAGGCCUUCCAGGAUUGCAUUAACAACUUUGGAAAUGAGAUCAGCAAGUGCCAGUUUUACAUGGAUAUGCUAGCAGAAUGCAGAAAGAACUCUGGAUCCUCAUUGAGUAUGUAAUUGCCCUUUGUCAUGUUUUGGAUGGUUACAACUGCAAAUGUGGCAAAAGAUAUGAUUUCAAUAAAUUCGAUUUGUCUGAUGACACACUGAAGUGAAUGUUGCAUCAAUAUACUGUUCUAUUUCUUAUUGAUAUUUGAAAAUUAUAAUUGUUUGGUCUCAAAUCA